AUGCAUAUUAUGUAUGUAAUAAAGUUAAAGAAAAAUGUUUUCUAGUAAGAAAAUUAAAAUAAAUAAUUUAGAAUUAUUAACAAAGAACCGGAAUUCAGUGCAUACACACAUUUCUGUAUGAGUACGCCUGUGUGUAAGAUUUGGUUUGUAUGGGUAAUUGACAUACGACUCUGGCAACUUUUAAAGAAUUUAAGAAACAAGAGUUACUUGUACAUCUAUAUGUGCAAAUAAACUACUCUGUCGCAGCACUACCACUAAUGCAUGCAGCAAAGCAGAAAACCUGAUUUACUACCUCUUGCUUUUGCAUUUGCAAAGAAAUAAAGACAACAACAAAUUGAAACAUAAGUAGUCAGAAUUCACUCGCAACAGACAGUUGGACGUAUGAUUUGGCGGAUAAACAGGCAGACAGUCGGUGCUUUGGUCGAUCGUGACGAUUUUGGAACAACGUCGUCGUCGUCGUCGUCGUCGUCACUUUGUGCUGAUUGCCUUUUUUUAUUCUUGUUGUUUUGUCUAUUUAUUUAUUCUUUCAACAACAAAUAUUUCAUUGAAAACGGGUUCUCAAGGAAGUAGUUUUUCACACAAGCAGUUACAUACACUUACUUACCUAAGUACGGUCUGGUUUCCACUACGACAUUCUUUGCUUGGUUUGUUUUCUUCAGCAAAUAACACAAAGCAGCGCGUCAUUCAUUUUUUUCACCAAAAAUAACCUAAAAAACAGAAAACAAAAAAAAAUUCAAAUUAAUAUCGAAAAUGGGAGAUUCAACGCCAAUAUGUCGGUGUCGUGUCCUUUAUUUGGGUAGUGCAGUGCCUCGGCAAAGUAAAGAUGGCUUGCAAGGCAUUCAAGAGCCCUUGCGUAGUCUUUACCCCUCCGAAGGUGCAGUGGGUGCCAAAGGCAUCGACUCUUGGCUGAGUGUAUGGUCCAAUGGUAUUCUUUUGGAAAAUGUUGAUGAAAAUCUUAAAGAAAUUACACGGUUCUUCCCGAUUGAGUCACUGCAUUAUUGCGCUGCGGUACGUCAGGUCUUGAUACCGGAACGUGGAAAUGCAAAUCCCGAGCCCAAAUUUCUACCGUUAGAUUCACCCUUUGCAAGGAUGCCUCGUGCUCAGCAUCCGCCCAUCUUUGCUGCAAUUUUACGCCGUACUACUGGCAUCAAAGUACUCGAAUGCCACGUUUUCAUCUGCAAACGCGAGGCGGCCGCCAAUGCUCUAGUCAGGUGCUGUUUUCAUGCGUACGCAGAUAACUCAUACGCCAGACAGCUGGAAACUAGUAGUACGGGCGGAGGAGCGGGAAGCAGUGUUUAUGGUACACUUAAAAGCCAAAUUGGCAGCAAAUCAAAUGGUGACUUAACCAGUGUGGGUCUUGCGAACGGCAGUCAACAUCAUCAUCAUCAUCAUCAUCAUCAUCAGCAAAAUACUGCGUCGUCCGUCAGUCAUACUGGUUGGCGCUCUCGAGCCGAUAGUAUCACUACAUUAAACAGUGUCGGGCGACAGUCAAAUGGCGGCCUCUUAAUCAACGGCGGUGGUGACAGCAAUAGCAGUGCUGUCGAAGGUUAUACCUCCGUUAAAAAUUUUUAUGGCAGUAGUGCGGAUCUAAAUGUGACGGUAGAUGACGGUGAAGCUUCUCUGUACAAUGGUGAUGAAAAUCAUAAGGUGUGGAGCGGUUCACAAGAUCAAUUAGAUAGCAUAGCAUUGGAGAGCCCCUACGACAUGUACUCAGGACACAAUUCGACUUUAGGAAGGCCGGCGCGACUUCGACAAAUUAGCCAACCUAUCGACGUGCCGCCACCACCGCUUAAAAAAGAUAGCAACAAAAAAAAAAAAGACAAGAAAUUACCGAAAUCCUCAAGCAGCCAAAGUUUGUCGGGCACUCUGAUAAGACCAAAGCCCAUACAUCCGGCUACAUUGCAACGACAAGGUAUGCAUUUAGGAGCUCCGAUAUAUGGCCCGUUGCCAGGACCGCCAUUGAUGGGUCGUGGCUAUCAUACAAUUAGCCAUAGAGGCUUUCCACCUGGACCACAUGUUCCCCCUCAUGCAGCAAUGCCGCCACCCUUACAUCCGCAAAUGAUUCAUCCACCCCCACAUAUUGGUAUGCCAAUGCAUGUGCCCGUUGUCAUGUCGCAACAAUAUGCCACAUUGCAGCCAUCCAGUUCUAUGAAAAAGAAGAAGAAAGACAAGAAAACUACCGGCAUACCAGUUGGUAUGCCAAUCGUGCCACCGCUUUAUACCUAUCAUCAAGUUCAGGCGAUGGGCGGUCCCACCCCUCCACCCCCAGUAGCGCAAUCAUUAAUAGGCGAGCCACGACCGCUUUCGAUGUCAAAUCGAAAGCUGGCCGCCUCUAUGGGCAACGGUUUGGAUGAUUCUGGCAACUCGGGUGCUGAAUCUCCAGGUGGUACCGGUAUUUAUCGGCGCAAAGGUCACCUAAACGAGCGAGCUUUCAGCUAUUCUAUUCGUCAAGAGCACCGUUCUCGUUCUCACGGUUCUCUAGCUAGUCUACAAUUUAAUCCACCUGAUAUGAAAAAAGAACGAGAGAUCGCCCAAAUGAUAGCUGGACUCGACUUGAAUGACGGUCCUGAAGAACACCAACGUGCAAUGGGCGCCGCAGCAGCAUCAUCAAUGCAACAGCACAAACACACAAAGUUAAUGAAUGGGAAUGGUGCCAUUUAUGGGAAUGGCGGAUCAGCAGCAGUAAUAGCUGCUGCUAUCUAUGGAAAUGGCCCGUCAAAUAAUUUUGGCAAACCAAGAAGAUAAAUGUUAUACACGCACUGAUAGUAGAUAAACGAAAUUAAACACUAAUGAGUAAAUACUUCAUUCUAAAAGAAAAGAAUGACGACAAGAGACACGAACGAUAGUAUAAACUGCUGACUGCAACCGAGUGUCAAGUUGGCCAUACAAAGUCCAAAAAACCGUAACUUUGAGGAAAAGUAGUUUGCUCGACACUGUAGAACUUUUCGUUUUUAAAUUUAUUUUUCCAUCCUGAGAUUUCAAAUGUUUGGGUUAAAUAUUGCCCGUGGCAAUCUUUGCAACCUUCGGAAGAUAUCGGUGUGAAGUAACCAUUUGGUCUCUGACAUAACAUAGUAAGUUUAUCGUAGUCACCAAUACGUAUGUUAAACAAAGUUACGCUCGUAUUACUUAGUACGGAGUACCACUGGGACAUUAAUUAUUCGUUAACAAUUACUUUUCGGCCGAGUACAAAUUAAUUAACUGUUCAUUGCCUUUUAAGGCUUACCGCUAUUUGGUUUUCUAAUUAUAUUUUCAGUGAAUAUUCCUUGAACGAAAUCGGUGACAAUAUCGUGUUUCUCGGUCACUCAACUGAUUAGGACUAAGAUGAGUAACAAUUUCACAAAAAAUUUAAUUCCUAAUGAAGAUUGAAUAUUGAGAAAUUUCGGCGUAAUAAAUAACUGAUUAAAAUUUAACUGAAUGCUAGGGAAAACGUUCUUAAUCUUUAUCUUGUAAGUUGAAGUUAUCAAGAAAGGAAAGCGUGAACUUUUUCCACCGCGAACGAACUUGAGUGCAAAAAUACUUAGAGUGAAUGUAAAUGGAAAAAUGUUGAAAAACAACGUAUUAAUCUGUUAAAUACAUGUGCUACACGACGAACUGACGAACAAUAUUAUUAUCAUACAACUGCUGUAUAGUUCUUUUUUUAUCAAUGAGUAAUAAGUCUUAACAACUUAGUCUUUCUCCGCAUUUUUAAAUUCUCUCUUCCUCCUGCAUGUACAGUUGAUGACAAGACAAUCGAAAUUUUCUUUAAAGGAACCGCAUUUAGCCUUUUAUGAUUUGCUUUAUUUAAAGGAAGCAUUUGAGAAUUGCACCGAUGUUUGAUUUGUGAUUCUCUGACAAUGUUUUUUCCGCAUGGUUGAAUUUCCGGAACUGCAGUUUAUUGCCCAAAAGAAUUAUUAUGGCUGUUUUAUUGAAUUCUUGCAAGAUGAGGGCUUCUUUGCGAAAGUGUGAAUGCAUUCCCUAAUUUUAGAGCUAUUAACUAUAUGGCAGCUGCAUUUAAUCGACGCGAAUCUGGACGAAUGUUGCCGAACGCUAUUUACGAUGUUCGAAAUCAUUGUACUAAGAGUGCAAUAAUUUUCCUAACUAAAGUACUAAGCUACUUUGAGUUAUGACCUUAAUAACCUCUUCUUACGAAUAAAAAAUUUGUUAUUCAAAGAAAAAAUGCUAUUGUUUUGUCAUGAGCUAUAUACCAAUCAAUUGUGUGAACUUGAGAAUUGUUCAAUAAAUUUAUACAAGUUAUACUGGCCGAAGAUGUAAUCCAAUACAUACGUAUAUAUAUAUGUUUAUAUUAGACACCGAUUCUGGUCAAAAAUAUUGAUUUAAUCAUAUGUGUAUUUAAAUGAAACUGAGAAAAGGAUUAAAACUUUUCUAUUCCAAAAUAUAAGUAAAUAAAGUAAAUAAAUAAAUAGAUAGUAUAUGUAUAUAC